AUUAUAUUUUGAACAUUGAUUGACCUAGAUGAUUUUACUGCUUACACCUUGAUGACCACAUUUAUGAAUCAUUUGACAUGUUGUCUCUUUUGCUACUAGGAGUUAUUUGUUUAGAUGGCAUCUUUGGAGAAACUUCGUCCAUAAAAAAGGAAUUUUCUGUACAACCAGGUGGCAAGAGGUACUCAUUGACAAUCGAAAGGGAUGGAAUAAAAUGUACUUUCACUUAUGAAUGUCAAGGUGGAACGAACGAGAAGUGGCAUAUGAUUCUUUCAAAGAUUCGAGAUGAUAAUGGCUAUGGUUGUGUUGUGGAGCGUUCUGGUAGUCAAACAAGCUACAUUUUUUUCCAAAGCUUCAAGCUAGAAGUAACACCGCCUGUGGAAGCUUUGGCUGCUGCUGCUUUUGGCAACAAUAAUCAACCACUGUUAAACGAAGAGUAUUAUUUUAACAAAGAUCAAUGUUUUGUAUCACAUGUUAGUGGGAAGUUCAAGGCAGCAUUGACUCGUCUUUCUCUGGAGUUUAAUUUCACACCUACAAAACCAGAACUCUAAUGUAAUUCGUUUACGGUGCAAAUCUAUAAAUAGUCUAGGUUUUAAUGUAUGCAAAACUUUUUUUAUUAUUUUAUGUGCCUUUGUGAUUACCUUGCUCUGUAAAUUAUCAUUUUUGUCUUUCAAACCAUGUACAUUUCAAUUCGUGGUUACUUAGUAUGAAUGUAAUAUGACAAUAUGAGGCGAUUUUAUUUG